AUCCAAGAAAUUGGGAUUCUCUUGAGUCUAAAAUGAUUGAGUUGUUAGCUACAAAAGGCCCUGUAAGAUAUUUAAGUAUUGUGAAGGGUCCUAAAGAUAAAUCUUCUAGACGCUUUACGGCUAAUUUGUAUACUAGAACUUUAUCAAAUGGAGAGAAGUGUGAUAGAGAUUGGCUUGUUUAUUCAAAAGAGCUUGAUAGAUUAUUUUGUUUUUGUUGUAAAGUUUUUAAAAGAGGGAUUGGUAGAGGUCAAUUAGUAAAUGAGGGUUUUAGUGAUUGGUCACAUGUUUUUGUUAGACUUAAAGAGCACGAGGCAAGCUUGGAACACAUUAAGAGCAUGACUAAUUGGUAUGAGUUGCGUCAAAGGAUGAAUAGUUUUCAAACUAUUGAUAAAACAACUCAAAAAUUGAUUGAGAAAGAAAAGGAACAUUGGAAAAGUGUUUUAAAAAGAAUCAUUGCAAUAGUGAAAUUCCUUGCUAAACAUAAUUUGGCCUUCCGUGGUUCUGUAGACAAAUUGGAUGAAGAUGGCAAUGGAAACUUUUUGGGCUUAAUUGAAAUGUUAAAUGAAUUUGAUCCAUGUGUCCGAGAACAUGUUAGACGUGUUACUGUUGAUAAUCUUCAUGUUCACUAUCUUGGGCCUAAAAUCCAAAAUGAGUUAAUACUUUUGCUUGCUUCUAAAAUUAAAAAUCAAAUCAUUAAAAAAAUCAAGCAAGCAAAGUAUUUCUCAGUGAUACUUGAUUGUACUCCUGAUAUUAGUCACCAAGAACAAAUGUCUUUGAUAAUACGAUAUGUAGAUGUUUCUUCAAAUUCUGUUAGCAUUGAGGAGUCUUUUUUAGGAUUUUUGAAUGUGAAUGAUACAACUGGGCAAGGGCUUUUUGAUGUUUUACAAGAUGAAUUGAAAAAUCUUGAUCUUGACAUCUUUGAUGUGCGAGGACAAGGUUAUGAUAAUGGGUCAAAUAUGAAAGGAAAACAUCGAGGUGUACAAAAGAGGUUUUUAAAUAUAAAUCCAAGAGCCUUUUAUACUCCUUGUAGUUGCCAUAGUCUUAACUUGACAUUGUGUGAUAUGGCUAACUCAUGUGGUAAAGCUAAAGAUUUUUUUGGAGUUGUUCAACGCAUUUAUACUAUUUUUUCCAACUCUACUAAGAGAUGGACAAUUUUGAAAGAUAAUUUAAAAGGGUUGACUCCAAAAUCAUUGUCAUCCACUCGUUGGGAGAGUCAUGUAGAAAGUGUCAAAGCUAUAAGAGCAGGAAUGUCAGAUUUUAUUGAAGCUUUACUUGAAGUGUCAGAUAAGGAUGACGAUUCUAAAAUAAGAAGUGAAGCUAAAUCUUUAGCAACACAUGAACUUGGUGAUUUUGAGUUUAUAGUAUCUAUAAUUAUAUGGUUUGACAUAUUAUCUGCAAUUAAUUUGGUUAGCAAGCUCUUACAGUCAGAUGAUAUGCUUAUUGAUGUUGCUAUGUCAAAAAUAAAAGAGUUAAUUUCUUUUUUUAAGGAAUAUAGAAAAACUGGUUUUAAGAAGGCCUUGGAUGAUGCUACAGAAGUUGCCAUUGAAUUGAAUAUUGACCCGGUAUUUCCUCAAAGGCGCAUAAUUCGAAGAAAAAGGCAGUUUGAUGAGGAUUUGAAUACCCCGUCAGUUGAGCAAUCUGAAGAAGAAUCUUUUAGAGUUAAUUACUUUCUUUGCCUUGUUGAUCAAGCUAUUGUAUCUCUUAAUAAGAGAUUUGAACAAUUCCAACAAUAUGAAGCUGUUUUUGGUUUUUUGUUUACUUCUGACAAGUUAAAAUCAUUGGAUAAUGCGAUUUUGGAGUCUUGUUGUGGUAAAUUUGAACAAGCAUUGAAGCAUAAUGAGAAAUCUGAUAUUGAUGGGAGAGAACUAUAUGUGGAGUUAAGGUCACUAAAAGAUAUCUUGCCUGAAGAAAAAAUGGGACCUAUUGAGAUUUUAAGAUUUUUGAAAGGCAUGAGUUAUUUUUCUAAUACAAUUGUUGCAUAUAGAAUUUUAUUGACUAUUCCCGUGACAGUUGCCUCCGCAGAAAGAAGUUUUUCAAAGUUGAAGUUGUUGAAGUCUUACAUGCGGUCUACCAUGCUACAAGAAAGACUUAAUGGCUUAGCAAUGAUAGCAAUUGAGAAUCCUAUGUUGCGAAAUAUACAAUACGAAGAGUUGAUUGAUGAAUUUGCUUCAGUAAAUGCGCGUAGGAAGUCUCGUUUUGGUGUGAAUGAAGACUCGUUUUGAAGGGCUGCGAUUUUUUUGUAGUUGCUGUAAUUGCUUGGCUUCUGUGCUGCCAGCUUUUUGGGUUUUUUGUUGUUGUUGUGCUGCCGGCUUUGUGCGCGCAUGGCUUUUGGUGGUUUUGUGCAGGUUUCAUUUUCUGUCCUCUUGUUUUAGCCUUUUAGGCCUAUUAGAAUUAGUUCCUCUUGCUUUUGGUGUUAGGUGGGGGUUCCUCAUGUAUACGGUAGUCAUUUUCACCUAUGGGUGUACCGCAUAUAUACGGCACCUUGUAUUUAUCUUUUAAA